AGGUUAACACGGUACUUCAUUUCUAUCACAAUAACCGUUGAGUUUGAGGAGUGUAAUAGUUCGCGAAUAUCUUGUGAUGACGCUGUGGCAGCUAUGUUUGAGGCAGCUGUCUUCAAUUUUUUAGUUAUGUUCAUAACAGCCAAAUACCUGAGUUAUUAGGCUUGUUGUUUUUGGCCUGUCCGGUAAAAUCGCUACGUGUACCUUCGUAAAAGAAACGGCUGAGAUUGUGACGUGUUGCCAGUAGCAUUUUGUCUGUGACUGACGAGAAAACGUGGAAGUUCAAACAUUCGCUAUACUGUAGAACUGAAGUCAUGGACCAGGAGCCAACUAUGUGGAUAAAAAAAGAGGGAACAGAUGAAAUAAAAGCUGAGUUAUGUUUCAUGGCCCAAGUUUACCCAUUCAGCAUGAAUGUAAAAGAAGAGUUGGAGGAGAGUGCGAAUAAAGAGACUGUUAAAGAUCCACUGGGAAUAUCUUGGCCCACUGAUUUUAUCAAGGAGGAUCCCGAAUUAAAUUUGGAAAUGAAUGUAACUGAGAAUAUUGUGGAAACCUCAACAAGAUACACAUAUGAUAGUGCAAGAUUGACUCAGAGUACUGGUGGGAGCUGCGGCACAGCACGUGAAGAAACUUGUCACCAUAGACUGGUCCAGGAUGAGUUGGUGACAGACAUGGAGAAGUCAACACACGAGUUUGGUACCAAUACAGAUGAUGUGACUAUUGAUAAGGAAUGCUCAGUUGCCACCCGAUGUGACUGUGCUACGAGGGAAAAGGAAUUACAUGUGUAUAUUUGUAAUUUCUGCCAACAAAGCUUUCCUUCAAAAUACAGACUCUCAAUGCAUGUGUUUAUGCACAUUGAUGGCACUCAACCACCUUUGUAUGUUUGUAAGUGGUGUGGUGAGGUAUUACGCAGUGAUGUUAGUUUGAAAAAACAUUUGAAAAUGAGUGAGUAUUAUGUCUUAACUGCUGGCAACCAUGAAACAUAUGCCUAUAGUGAUAAGCAUGAAAGCAGCAUCUUCUUGAAUAGUGAUUCAGUAGUUUCUGUUGCAGAAGACAAUGAGCAGCCUUCAUAUAAGGAAACUAGGAAAGCUUCAAAGAAGUCCUCUGACAUGUGUAACACACAAACGGCAAAUUUUGCAGAGAAAACAAGUGAUUAUGGAACUUCAUCUACAGCUGUUAAUAUCAGUGCCCACACUGAUCUACCUACUGCAAAAAGAACCAACAAAUGUGAUAUUUGUGGCAAAUUGUUCACUAGGUCAGGUGAUCUCAAGAGACAUGUAUUCAUACACAGCAGGAAAAGACUGCACAAAUGUGACAUACGUGACAAAUCGUAUGCCCAGUCAGUUCGUCUCAAGACACGCAUAUUAUUUCGCACUGGGAGGAAACCUCACAAACAUGAGAUUCCUGGGAAAUCUUAUGCUAGGGAUCUCAAAACACAAUCAUUAAUUCACACCGGAAAGAAACCCCACAAAUGCGAUAUUUGUGGGAAAUCUUUUACUAUGGCAGGGAAUCUCAAGAAACACACAUUUAUUCAUACUGGAAAGAAACCUCAUAAAUGUGAGAUUUGUAUGAAAUCUUUUGCUAGGUCAGACGAUCUCAAGAAACACGCAUUCACACACACUGGGGAAAGACCUCACAAAUGUGAUAUUUGUGGGAAAUCGUUUGCUUUCUCAAGCGACCUCAACAGACAUGUAUUAAUUCACACAGGAAAGUUAAUUCGCACUGGGAGGAAACCUCACAAACAUGAGAUUUCUGGGAAAUCUUAUGCUAGGGAUCUCAAAACACAAUCAUUAAUUCACACCGGAAAGAAACCCCACAAAUGCGAUAUUUGUGGGAAAUCUUUUACUAUGGCAGGGAAUCUCAAGAAACACACAUUUAUUCAUACUGGAAAGAAACCUCAUAAAUGUGAGAUUUGUAUGAAAUCUUUUGCUAGGUCAGACGAUCUCAAGAAACACGCAUUCACACACACCGGGGAAAGACCUCACAAAUGUGAUAUUUGUGGGAAAUCGUUUGCUUUCUCAAGCGACCUCAACAGACAUGUAUUAAUUCACACAGGAAAGUUAAUUCGCACUGGGAGGAAACCUCACAAACAUGAGAUUUCUGGGAAAUCUUAUGCUAGGGAUCUCAAAACACAAUCAUUAAUUCACACCGGAAAGAAACCCCACAAAUGCGAUAUUUGUGGGAAAUCUUUUACUAUGGCAGGGAAUCUCAAGAAACACACAUUUAUUCAUACUGGAAAGAAACCUCAUAAAUGUGAGAUUUGUAUGAAAUCUUUUGCUAGGUCAGACGAUCUCAAGAAACACGCAUUCACACACACUGGGGAAAGACCUCACAAAUGUGAUAUUUGUGGGAAAUCGUUUGCUUUCUCAAGCGACCUCAACAGACAUGUAUUAAUUCACACAGGAAAGUUAAUUCGCACUGGGAGGAAACCUCACAAACAUGAGAUUUCUGGGAAAUCUUAUGCUAGGGAUCUCAAAACACAAUCAUUAAUUCACACCGGAAAGAAACCCCACAAAUGCGAUAUUUGUGGGAAAUCUUUUACUAUGGCAGGGAAUCUCAAGAAACACACAUUUAUUCAUACUGGAAAGAAACCUCAUAAAUGUGAGAUUUGUAUGAAAUCUUUUGCUAGGUCAGACGAUCUCAAGAAACACGCAUUCACGCACACCGGGGAAAGACCUCACAAAUGUGAUAUUUGUGGGAAAUCGUUUGCUUUCUCAAGCGACCUAAACAGACAUGUAUUAAUUCACACAGGAAAGAAACCUCACAAAUGUGAUAUUUGUGGGAAGUGUUUUACUGUGUCAAGCAGUCUCAAGACACAUUUAUUAAUUCACACUGGGAAGAAACCCCACAACUGCGAUAUUUGUGGGAAAUCUUUUUCUACGGCAGGCAGUCUCAAGACACACUCCAUAAUUCACUCUGGAAAGAAACCUCAAAGCAAUUUCAAGACACAUUUAUUAAUUCACACUGGGAAGAAACCUCACAAAUGCGAUAUUUGUGGGAAAUCUUUUGCCAGGGCAGGCAGUCUGAAGAGACACUCACUAAUUCACACUGGAAAGAAACCUAACGAAUGUGAGUUGUGGCAAGUCAAUUGCUAGAUCAGGUGAUCUCAGGACACAUGCAGUAGAACACAUUGGAAUUGGACCUCCAAAAUGUCAUAUGUGACAAGUUUCACUGAAUUGGGUACACUUAAGACACAUGCAUUACUUCACAUCAGAAAGAAACUACAAGUAAGUGUUAGUUUAUAGAAAUAGGUUUUCCUGGGUGGUGCCCUCAAGGCCUUUAAAAUAAUGGAUCUAGCAGAGGAACAAUAAGUUGUCAUGCCUGUGAAAUAACAUUAUAAUGUGGCAGAACUGUAAAACAAAAACUUGCAAUAAUGUGUAGUACAGAGUGGUAACAGGUAAUGUGACAAUAUAAAAAUCCAAAUCUGCAGCUUGAGAUGUCGAGAAAUUGUAUUGCUAAAUAAAGCAGAAACAUAAAUCGAAU